CGCUCAAAACAAAACAAAAAUUCAAUUUACGCAAAAAUGGCAGCCUGUAUUGAGCCAAAUCGAACGUAAUCUCCGUUAGCAUCGAACAUCUGUCCGCGUUCGGGUUGUGUUUCCGUCGAAAAAAUCAUCGAAAUAGUUUCCCGUUGAUCUGUGCAAGUGUUUCCUGGUGUGGCAAGCUGUGAAUAUUGUGUGGGUGGUUCUUUAUUUUGAUUUAAGCGGAGCGGUGAAUUUUACUCCAAACGGAAGCUGUAUGCUCUCAUCAUGAGCAAAGAUUCUAAGCCGAAAAAUCGAUAAAGUGUGAACUGCUGGAAGCUAGUACCGUCCUUGCGGUGCGUUGCUCGUUUGUUUUGCAAAGUGAUUGUGAUUGAAUGUUAAUUAAAAACUGAGUUUUGAACUGAGACCACCGCGGAUUAACAAUGUCGCAAAGUGCUCCUCGAAGACAUCCUCCUAGCGGUGGAAAUCCGGAAGUCAUGACGUCGAAAUUUGGCGAUACCGAAUGGGAGGCACGAGAGUCCCAACGUCAACGUGAGCUGGAGGAAGCUCGUGCUAGGGCUGCUCAGAUGGAGAAAACCAUGAAAUGGUGGUCGGAUUGUACGGCCAACUGGAGGGAGAAAUGGAGCAAGGUCCGUACGGAACGGAACAAGGCACGAGAAGAGUCUAAGCAAUUGCGUAGCAGUUUGGAAGCGGCCAUCAAAGAGUCAAACUCGUACAAACGGGAAAAAUGUGAACUGGAAAUUCAAAUCACCCAGCUUAAGAAGGAAAUGGAAAAGGUCCACAUGCUGAUGAUGAAACACGCCGGUCAGUUCAACAAGGCCAGUCUGGACGCGGCCGACGAACCAGAACGAGAUGGGCGGGAUAACAACUGCUCGCCGGACAUUUCCUCCGAUGGGCUGAAGAAUGUGAACAGCGAAGAUGGCCUGGUAACGAAAGUGAACAAUUUGCCAGACGACAGCGGCCAAGAUGAUUUGGAUAUUGAGGAGUAUAUCCUGCAGGGUGGGGCCAUGCCCAAACAUUCCGUAGAGUUUAAGGACAAGACUGAUGUGAUGGCCGAAGAGCGAAGACUGAUUCAACAACUGUCGAAGGAUGAUUACGACGAAGAUUAUCUCCUGCAGAAGAUAUCGAUGCUGCAGCUGAGGUUAGAUGAUGCUCAGAAAACGAUCCAGAUCGAACGGGAGGAGAAGAACAGCAUUCAUAAAAGUUUCGAAAAGUUCCGACAGGACAUGCAGGAACUGCGAGAUAAAUGCGAAGAGCUGCGAGCCGCCAAGCAAGAUGCAGUGCGGGAGUUGCUAACUCUACAAGAACAGCAUCGAGUGGAGAUGAGGAUUACCAACAACACGUUGCAGGAAGAGGUGGCUGCCCGAGAGACACUGGAGAGGCGGCUGUGCGAGCUGAGAACUGAGUUAGAGCGAAUGCAGGCUGAAAAUGCUGCCGAAUGGGGCAAACGGGAGCGUCUGGAAACGGAGAAACUGAAUCUCGAGCGUGAAAAUAAGAAACUGCGAGCGGAAUGUCAAGAUCUGCAGGAACGCUUGGAACGGAAGGGCCGGGGACCAGUCAGCAACAAUGAUACAGAAUUCCGUGCGCUUCAACAAGAGCUGCUCGAUAAGAAUAAGGAAAUAAGUGAUAUCCGUCACUCGCACAGCAAGAUGAAAAAAAUGCUCUCCGAAGCGAACACGGAACUGGGCCAUGCGGUUCGACGAGCCGAGCAGUACGAAACCGAGGUAAAGCGUUUGCGAUCGCGUGUCGAGGAGCUUAAACGCGAGCUAGCCGGGGCUGAAGAUGAGUUAGAUUCGGCUUGCAACCAUGUUCGCCGACUGCAGCGUACCAACGAAGAGCUUUCCGGUCAAACCGAAGGACUUCAGGUUCAGAUUCAACACUUACAAACGAGCGGUAGCCCGAAAAACCUACAGGACUUGGGCAACUACAAAGCUACUAACAAAUCUAACUUCACCUCCAAUUCCAACUACAAGCCGAACAUAAACGAUCUGAAGCAACUGUUUGACUCGCGUCACUACAAUGACCGCCAAUUGCAAUCGAAAUCCCGCUCCUCCGGAACGACUGAAACCCAACCCUCGUUCCUAUCAGGAUCAUACUACGACGCCAAACCAACCUAUAUCGAUAAUGAUUCUCCUUACGACGUCAAAGACAAAUCCCUAAAUAACAUGUUCGACUUCGAGCGUGCCAAACAAAAGUUCGACAAUAUUUCCCGGUCGGCUGGAGGCGUUGGACCACCAAACUCAAAACGUUCUUCCUCCAGUCAAAACGGUUCCAAGCACCACUCGUCCCAAUCGAGUUCCGUUUCCGGUAUUCCAAAGCGUCAGUCCAGUGUCCCGUCCGGGUCCGUUACCGGAUCCGGUUCCAAUGCGGGCCCAACACCGGGAUCGUACUAUGAUUGCAACAACUUUUCCGACAAUCGUUGCGAGGACAGCAUUCCGCUGUUGUCAUCGUCAUCCUCGAAGCAGCAGACGUCUUCCGGCGGAGGGGCGGUGAUUAACGAUUCGAUUCAGUUUUUCGAUAGCGAUAUGCCGGUGAAGGGGUCUGGUGGAGGCGGGGGUGGAGUUAGCAGCAAGCUUAACAUAACCAAGAUGAAUAACAUCAACCUGGAUGCGCUGAAGGUAUCCGAGGACGAUACGACUCCGUAGUUACGGAUCGACCAGUCUCCUGUCGGCCAAUGACGAUAAUAGUGACAACGACUGAGGGUCGUCGCCAUGUGCGCCAUUAAUCCUCAACAAAACAUAUUGGAAGCAAAAUUGAACCAUCUGACAAUGAGUAGUUUUGCUGUAGGUAUUUCCUAAGAGAUAAAAAUGCAUUUAUCUUACACGAGUAAGUAUAGCUCAUAGUAUUAGUAUUCGUUUAAUGCAUUUAGUCGUGUCGUGUUUAAUUGUACUUCGUGAUAUACAUAAAGACUACUAAGUAUCAGAGCAUCACAGAUAUCCGUAUAUAGAGUAUAGACACGGAUCGAGUAUUCAUAGUAUUUUCGACCAGUUCUGAUGAAAAAAUGGCGC